UUUAAACAAAAAGAAAAUUAGCAAGACAAAAUUGUGCAUAAAUUAUUUAAUUCGGUUAACCAAAAAGCAAACGCAACGGCUACGUUUUGCAAGCUUCAAAGCGACCGCACCGUUUCGUAUUGUUUGCGCUAAUCUGUGUUGUAGUCUGCCGAUUUGCACAGCGACAAAGCACUCGUUUGUGUAUGUGCCUGUGUGUGUGUAACCAGUGUUUGUGUGUGUGCGUGCGUUAAAGAUAAUUUAGUUAAGGUCAUUUCUAUGCGUAAGCAUUUGCAACAUGCGGCAGCCAGCGGAUGAUAGCGCGACAGCUGCCCGAGGCAAGAACAUCAACAACAACAAAUACAAAGGACGCUUGCAACAGUACGCCCACGUCCACGCCUACUGCAGCAACAAAAAGAACGCCAGCUUUGUUUUAUAGUACGCUCAGUCAUGCCUUCGAAUACGACUACAACAGCAACAACCACAGGCCAAUCGUUAGGAGAAGAGGAAGAGAAUUGCGAUACUUUAAUGGCGUCUGCUACAAAAACAUUAACAGCGACAACAACAACAAGAGAACUGCAAACGACGCCAACGUCAACGUCGCGGCAAACGCCAACGCCCACGCUGCUGCCUUUACUUGCAUCGGCAGCUGCUUGCAAUAAACAGUUGCUUUUCUGCCGACGCUUUAAGGAUGCGUCGGCGUCACCCACAGCGGAUGGUGCUGGCUUUUUACGUAACUUUAACUCGCUGCCGUUAUUUUACUAUGCGACGUCGCCGUCAACGCAUGCCAGCAGCGCCGAUGGCGUCGGCGUUUCCAAGGAAGCUGCAGCCGCUGCCGCAACGGCAUUUAGUCAAAAGAAUGAGGGCUUUGAUUUACUUGCAACGCAUGGCAACUGCAAAACCGACGGCAGCUGCCUCAGCAACCAUCGCCAGAGCAACUCAAGCGCCCAGUCGCGUGUCACAGAGCUGGCCAGCGGUGCCAUGGAGUGCCUGCCAAUGAGCGCUGCAGUGCAUCAUACGCAUUUGAUGGCAACGAGUGGCGCAGUUGGUGCUGCCACGCCGGCGGCAACGGUUGUGGUUGGUGCCACAUAUCCGCAUCAUUUGCAUCAUCAUCAUCAUUUGAGCCACCAUGCGGGCUAUAGCAAUAGCUACGGCAGUCAUGCGCCACAUCCCAUACACAGCGAGCAGACCAAGUCGCUGCAGGAGCUGCAGCAUGAGGUGGGCGCACUGCUGGAGUUUCGAGAUCUGGUCAUUGAAACGUUUCCCGAUCUCAAGCAUAAAAUGGCCUCCAUAUCAGCAACACCAUCGACACCCAACUCCGUGGGCGGCCAUUCGGUGGGCAGUCAUUCGGUUGGAGCGGGCGGCAGCUCCUCUUUAGCAGCCAGACGCGAAUGGGAGCCUGGUAUACGCAUUAAGCGUAAAUCAACGCACAAAGAACCGUCCACGACGUCGGCUGUUGCGGCUGGAGCAGCAGCGGAGCCGGCGUCAACGUCGCUGACACGCAGUCGCAGCAACUCGCAUAGCGGCAAGAAAGAGCCAAAGAGCGGAGAGAACAACAACGGCAGCGUUGUGCAGGACUCCGGCUUCUCAACGGAGACCAGUUCCUCCAAAGAAGGACACAGUGCAUCCUCCACAAACGGUGCUAUGACAGCGGCCAUUGCAUCGAAUCGCUUGAGCUGUGCCGAGUCGGAUGAUGAGUUGCUCAACCUGCUCGAUGUCAUACACCGCAAGUCAAAUCGCUUACGCGAGGAGGUGGAACAGCUGCAGUCAUACGAGCGGCAACAGAGCAGCGAAGACGCGAAGAGCAGCCAGCAACAAAAGCUGCAGGGCAUGACGUCGGAGCAGUUUCGUGCGCAGGUGGACAGACUGAAUCGUGAGGAUCUACAGCAGCUGCGAAAGGAGCGCGACCGUUUGCUGGACAAGCUGGCGGAAAUGGAGGCCGAGACGCUAACGGGUCGCAUUAAGGCGGCCAAGAUGAACGAUCAGGUGGAGCAGCUGAUCGGCGUCAAAAAAGAUCUCGAGGAGCAGCUAAAGCUGGCCAUGGCCCAAAAGCUGGAGCUAAGCGCGCGUGUGCAGCAAAUGCAGCUGCAGCCAAGCAAAAGUUCAUUUAGCGCCAGCAGCCAGUCGGAGCAAUCCAGUCAACGCAACUUUCUAUCCUCAGCCACGACGGUGCGCAGCCUCACGACCAACACAUUCCAGCCAGUUGUUGUGUGCGAGCAGCCAACGCCAGCGGAUGCAUUCCAUCAAAGCUCUGGUAGUGAUACGCGACAGCAGCAGCAGCAGCAGCAGCCGGCGGCGACGCUUGGCCGCCUUGACGGCAUUGUAAGCACGCCGGGUGCACGCAGCGCCAAGUGCCGAGUAACUGACUCCAAGCGCUUUACGGCCAUAUUGCUGGAGACGAAUGUGCUGGAGCUGCAGCGUCACUUGCUUACGCUCACUGUGCAGAAUCAGGUGCUUGCCCAGAAGCUGGACUCGUCGAGCAAGUCGAAGGCGCAGCUCAGCAGACGCUUGGAUAAGUCUGUGGAGGAUACGGAGGAGCUGCGCUUUCAGCUGGAGGAGAAGAACAUUGAGCUGGAGGGCACCAAGGCGCAGCUGCGUGUGCUGGAGUCGCGUCUGCAUGCCAGCAGCGCCACCAAUUCAUAUCUAAACUCAUCAUCGCAGCAUGACUACGAAACGAAUCGCUCCACGGCUUCCACUACGUUAAUGCUUAGUCGACGUGGCGUGCCGGAUUCGGUGGAUUCAACAAGUGCGCCACGCAGCAACCAAAUAAGCACGCCCAGCAUGAAGGCAAUGGUGCCGCUGGCCAUGGAGGAGCUGCAGCAGCACAGCAGCAGCACCGAGUCCGCGCAUGAGCAUGAGCCGCAAAAUAAAACAAUUGUCAAUGUAGCUGCCAGCAGCACGCCGCUGGGCAGCAGCACGCCCACGCCCAUGCCCAUGCCCAACAAUAAGAAUGCCAGCAACAUUGCUGCACGUGUGAUGAGCUCCAGCGUGGGCGGUGUCAGCAGCUUUGAUCAGCUCGUAACGCCGCCGCCACGUGGUCAUGCAUUUCGCAAGUUUAGCAGCGCCGGCAAACCAAGCAAAAUUCCAUUGCCGGGCAGCAAAGCGGCCGCUUAUUUUGCAGGCAAGCCGCCCACUGGUCGCACUGCAGCUGGACGUUCACCUUCAUCCGUGGACAACUCCAGCAAUGUGUCGUAUGGCAGCAGCAACAAGUCCUCGCUUAGUCGCAGUACUGGCAAUCUGAGUCAGAGACUAAAGCAUGCCGACUCCAACUCAAUACAAUCGUUGAGCACCAACACCAGUCGCAGCUCCACAAGCUCAUCCAUACCGCUGGCCACCACGCCGUACUCAUCGAACCGCAGCAGCAGCCAUACGACUACAACUACUCCGUCCCCGCGCGUGCUCCAGAACUCGCCAUUGCCCAAGCUGAAGCGCGAGACGCUCAGCUCGCGUGUGCGGCAUCUGGACUCGCUGUCACGCUCGCAAGAUCAGCAGCAGCAGCAGAUCAGCAGCAGUUCCAUUGCCGCCCAGCUGAGCACAACGCUGCGCAAAGAUUUGCAGCUUAGCAGUGGCGCCUCUGCCGGCUCCUCGUCAUCGACGUCGUAUCAUAGGCGCGGCGCUGGCAGCGGCGCUGUGGCGCGACGCUUUAGCAGCGCAUCCAGCGCCGGCGAUCGCCAGCAGCGGUAUGGGCAGAGUAAUGAUCCAACGGCCACGCCCACGUCGAGCUAUGGCGACAGUGAUAGUGGCAAGAAUUUGACAAAGAUUGCGUAUCCGUCAAAUUUCCGUUGCAAUAGAAACCAUUGGCAAUUGUGGCAAACGAGCAGCAGCAACUACAACUACAACAACAACAAUAAGCAAGGAUAUGCGCAGGAGCUUUUAAGUGAAGCCGAUGUAUCCGCGGAGACUGCCUAUGAUUCCUAUUAUACGCAAUAUAUAACGUCCGAUGCUGUAGACUGUGGCGGCGACAAUCUGCUGGUGACUUUUGACUACGGCUACAGUGACUCCGUUGAGGCGCUGCCCCUGCACAGCCUUGACGAAGAGAAUGAAUGCAACAUUUGGUUUGGCACGCCGCCACCAAAUGAUGCUGCCCCAUUUCAAGUGCAUCAUGUGCAGCACAAGCUGCCCGACUACAGUCUGCAGUCGCUGAUCUCCUAUGAUGUCGACGCCGACGCCGACGCAUCACAGCCAGCCACAUACCAAGACGUAGACCAAGACGAAGAAGUUUUCUAUGACAGCAUUGAGGGUUAAAGCACUUGCAUUUGCACACACACACACACACACACUUGUACACCCUUGUAGUAGCUUUAUUAUUAUAAUUGUGGGUUGAGGUUUAUAUAAACGAUAAAGAGCCAGCGGCAGAUUUUUGAUAACAGUUUUUAAUUAGACUUUAGCUGACUGCAAUCACAACGCAUUCAACUUAUUGGCCACAAUUAAAUUUAUAUAUAUUUUGUAUAUCAAUCAACGUGUAUAUGUAUGUUAGAUUUUGAGUACUGUACUGUUGCCUCUAUGUGUAAAACUUUGUUCUUUUCGCUUAUUUAUGUAAUCGAUAGCUAUUAGGCUAAUUUGUAUUUUAUCUUUAACUGAUUGUGUGCAACAUUUGUAAGACUCUCGUAUUAAGUUAAAUACUUUGCAACAAUUAAGCAGCAGCUUAGGUUUACAAUAUGUAGUUAGAUUAGUUUCUAUAAACUUUGGUUAACAACAUCUAUGUACAGUUUUCUAAUUAUAUAUACAUAAUUUAAGCCAGCAAACAUAAACUAUAUAAACAUUUGCCGAUAUAUAUAGAACUUUUAUUGUUAUCAAAAUGUGUUUACUACAUUCAUAAUGCAAGCAGCGAGUUCAGCAAAGUUAAAUAAUAAUAAUUAAAUUCACAUUUAAUACACAAUACUGUUAAUGCAAAAUAUUCAAAACGGCAACACAUGCAUACGCAUAUGUAUAUCCAUUUAAAUAGCAACUGUAAUUUAAUUGAACAUGCAUAAUUAUUAAAAAAAAUCAAAAAAUAUAAAAAACUAC